AUGAUCCAUACUCCAGGAGGCAUUGUUGAUAAGGACCUUCGUCACUACCUCAAUUUACGGUUCCAGAAAGGUUCGGUAGACCAUGAGCUCCAGCAGAUCAUAAGAGACAAUCUCUACCUCCGCACAGUGCCAUGCACCACAAGGCCACAUAAGGAGGGAGAAGUCCCUGGUGUGGACUAUAUUUUCAUCACUGUUGAAGAUUUUAUGGAAUUGGAGAAAAGUGGCGCUCUCUUAGAAAGUGGAACAUAUGAAGACAACUAUUACGGCACUCCGAAGCCUCCAGCAGAACCAGCUCCAUUGCUGUUAAAUGUAACAGAUCAGAUCCUCCCAGGUGCCACUCCCGGGGCUGAAGGCAAACGCAAAAGGAAUAAGUCUGUGAGCAAUAUGGAGAAGACAGGUAUUGAACCACCGGAGGAAGAAGAGGAAGAAAGACCUGUGGUCAAUGGAAAUGAUGUGACAGUAACACCAGAAUCAAGUGAACAUGAAGAGAAGAGUACAGGUGUCUCAGGUGAGGUAUCUUCUACCCAACCUUGUCCUGCACCAGGAUAUACUCAGCCUGAAGAAGCAAAGGAGGAUAUGGAUGUAACAAAACAGACUAAACCUGAAGAGAAUGAUGACUUGGGCCCACUGCCUGAUAACUGGGAAAUGGCUUAUACAGAAAAGGGGGAAGUCUACUUUAUUGACCAUAACACAAAGACAACAUCAUGGCUGGAUCCACGACUUGCGAAAAAGGCUAAACCUCCAGAAGAGUGCAAAGAAAACGAGCUUCCAUAUGGCUGGGAGAAAAUUGAUGAUCCCAUUUAUGGCACUUAUUAUGUUGACCACGUAAAUAGAAGAACACAAUUUGAAAACCCUGUCCUAGAAGCAAAAAGGAAGCUACAGCAGCAUAACAUGCCCAACGCAGAACUUGGAACAAAGCCUAUGCAGGCCCAAGGUUUCCGAGAAAAACCACUCUUCACCCGUGAUGCAUCACAGCUGAAGGGGACUUUCCUCAGCACAACUCUUAAGAAAAGCAACAUGGGUUUUGGAUUUACCAUCAUUGGUGGGGAUGAGCCAGAUGAGUUUCUCCAGGUGAAGAGUGUAAUUCCUGAUGGGCCUGCAGCACAAGAUGGGAAAAUGGAAACAGGUGAUGUCAUUGUCUAUAUUAAUGAAGUUUGUGUCCUUGGACAUACUCACGCAGAUGUAGUCAAACUCUUCCAGUCUGUUCCUAUUGGUCAGAGUGUCAACUUGGUGCUAUGUCGUGGAUACCCUUUGCCCUUUGAUCCUGAAGAUCCUGCCAACAGCAUGGUGCCACCCCUUGCAGUAAUGGAGAGGCCUCCGGUAGUGGUAAAUGGAAGACAUAACUAUGAAACUUAUUUGGAAUACAUUUCUAGGACUUCUCAGUCUGUUCCAGACGUAACAGAUCGACCACCACACUCCUUGCACUCCAUUCCAGCAGAUAGUCAGCUUGAUAGCACAUUCCCACCACCUGCCCAUGAUGAUAAUGUAUCAAUGGCUUCUUCUGGGGCCACCCAAGCUGAACUCAUGACCUUAACCAUUGUGAAAGGGGCCCAGGGCUUUGGCUUCACUAUAGCAGACAGUCCUACAGGACAGAGGGUGAAGCAAAUUCUAGACAUUCAGGGAUGUCCUGGUUUGUGUGAAGGUGACCUCAUUGUUGAGAUCAACCAGCAGAAUGUACAGAACCUGAGCCAUGCAGAAGUAGUGGAUAUACUUAAAGAAUGUCCUGUUGGAAGUGAAACUUCUUUGAUUAUCCAUAGAGGAGGUUUCUUUUCUCCAUGGAAAACUCCAAAGCCUAUGAUGGAACGAUGGGAGAAUCAAGGCAGCCCUCAAACAAGCCUGUCUGCUCCAGCUAUGCCACAGAAUAUUCCCUACCCACCCACUCUUCACAGGAGUUCAUUUCCCGAUUCAACAGAGGCCUUUGAUCCACGAAAACCUGACCCAUACGAGCUGUAUGAGAAAUCAAGAGCUAUUUAUGAAAGUAGGCGUCCCGAUUACAAGGAGCUGGAUGUUCACCUUCGGAGAAUGGAGUCUGGGUUUGGCUUCAGGAUCCUGGGAGGAGAUGAGCCUGGACAGCCUAUUCUCAUUGGAGCAGUAAUUGCCAUGGGCUCAGCAGACCGAGAUGGUCGUCUCCAUCCUGGUGAUGAGCUGGUGUAUGUAGAUGGGAUUCCAGUGGCCGGCAAAACCCACCGAUACGUGAUUGAUCUUAUGCAUAACGCUGCCCGAAACGGCCAAGUGAAUCUUACUGUGAGGAGAAAGGUGCUGCCCACAGAGUCCUCCAGCCAGAAAGGUCCCCCUCCGCCCGGCGCGACGCCCCCUCGCAGCUCCCCCAGCGCUAGGAAAAUGGCCAAUAACCAAGGAGAACCGUGCCCAGAGAAUGGCAGAAGCCCAGGCUCGGUGUCUACGCACCACAGUUCGCCAAGAAGUGACUACACUACUUAUGCUAACAGUAAUCAUGCUGUCUCAAGUAGCAACGCUACACCCCCCGAGGGCUUCACUUCUCACAGCCUGCAAACCAGUGACGUUGUGAUCCACCGCAAGGAGAAUGAAGGUUUUGGCUUUGUUAUCAUCAGUUCCCUAAACAGGCCCGAAUCUGGAUCCACAAUAACUGUACCCCAUAAAAUAGGGCGAAUAAUUGAUGGAAGUCCUGCGGAUCGCUGUGCAAAACUUAAAGUUGGAGACCGGAUCUUAGCUGUGAAUGGCCAGUCUAUUAUUAACAUGCCUCACGCAGAUAUUGUGAAGCUAAUUAAAGAUGCAGGUCUCAGUGUAACUCUUCGCAUCAUUCCUCAGGAGGAGCUGAACAGCCCAGCCUCGGCCCCCAGCUCGGAGAAGCAGAGCCCCAUGGCCCAGCAGCACAGCCCCAUGGCCCAGCAGAGUCCCCUGGCGCAGCAGAGCCCCGUCGCCCAGCACAGCCCCGUCGCCCAGCCACCACCUCCGCAGCCCCUCCAGCUGCAGGGACAUGAAAAUAGUUACAGGUCAGAAGUAAAAGCCAGACAGGACGUGAAACCUGAUAUCCGGCAACCUCCAUUUACAGACUACAGGCAGUCCUCAACGGACUACCGACAGCCUCCGCUGGACUACAGGCAUCCUCCGGUGAUGGAUUACCAGCAGCCACCACCUCUCGACUACAGGCAACCCCCCUUGAUAGAUUACAGGCAGCAUUCACCUGACACCAGGCAGUACCCUCUGUCAGAGUACAGGCAGCCCCAGGACUUUGAUUAUUUCACCGUUGAUUUGGAGAAAGGAGCCAAAGGGUUUGGGUUUAGCAUUCGAGGAGGAAGAGAGUACAAAAUGGAUUUGUAUGUGUUGAGGUUAGCAGAAGACGGACCAGCAAUAAGAAAUGGAAGGAUGAGGGUAGGAGAUCAAAUAAUUGAAAUCAAUGGAGAAAGCACAAGGGACAUGACACACGCCAGAGCAAUAGAGCUAAUCAAGUCUGGUGGCAGGAGAGUGCGACUGUUGUUGAAACGUGGAACAGGCCAGGUCCCAGAAUAUGACGAACCAAACUCCUGGAGUGCUCCCUCUGACACCUCCCCAGGUCUGCCGGAAGUAGCUCUUUACCUCGACGAAAUCUCACCAUUAUCUUCAUCACACAUAGCCCCACCCUCUGACCCUUCUCACCAGAUAAACCCAGAGUCAACAUGGGAUAUCAAGAGGGAACACGAUGUAAGGAAACCAAAGGAGCUUUCAGUGAAUGGUCACAAAAAGAAAAGGUUAGGAGAACGAAGAGAAAGGUCAGCAAGUCCUAAAAAGGUAGACAGGUCAAAGCAUGAAGAGGCUUCUUGGAAAGGAUAUUCAGAAGGCAAAAAUAAGACCACUGAUGGUGGCAGGCCCACCUCAGAAAACAAAGUGGUGGGACACAGCAUAAUGAUCGAGGCUGGCGCGAGAGAGCACGUGUGUGCUGGAACCAGUGAUGAACAGUUUGGGAGGCUGAGGAAGCCGGAAAGCAAGAGAGGAGGAUCUCUUAGCAAAAAAGAAGAUCACAAAUCCAAAAAUACCAGUGAGAAGAAGUCAGCUGCAGCAUCCGACCAUGUCAAGCUUGAUACAGGUGCUACCAAGACGUACAGUAGCAACCGCUGCAGCUCGCCUGGAAUUGAUAUGGACCACAGCCAGAGGGACCCUGACGGGAAACCCAGCGAGUUCCCCAGGAAGGGACAUCUCCACUCCAUUAGCACUCACAGCACCAACACCACAGUUCGAAAGGCAACGGUCUCCCCAGGGCCGUGGAAAAUCCCUGGCUCAGAUAAGCUACCUAGCGUCCUGAAGUCUGGUACUUCUGCCAUGAGCAGAUAA